UCAAGAACUGGCCUCCAUAGACAGCCGUCUGUCCUACUUGAAGUUGGCCGCGGCCAUGGACAUGGAUGUUCCUCGCCCCCCAACUUCAUUUGUGUGCUCGACCAGCAUCACCUCCGACACCGUCUCACAGCGACCGCUUUCGGCUAUCACUGAAUUGACUCCGCGGGGCAAGUGUGUGGUGGAAGGCUACUCUGCAGAUGACCAUGUGGUAUGCAGUUCUAGCCCGCCGCAAUCAAAACGGAGCCCGGGUUCUGAAGCGUCUCCGAGUGAGCCUGCUCAUGAUGUUUGCGUCUCGGAUGUCAAACCGAAGCCAACUGCUUCGCAACACACUUCGAUCCCACUUCUCACUGAUCUGCCUCAGACGUGCAUCGACCGUUUGUCCGCUCUGGUUCGUAACCAAAUCACAUCUUCUCACUAUGCUGCUCGCAGUCAGAAUGGCUUUUUGGACUCCACGACUUCCCUGUCGGUGGCACCGAUCAUGGAUCGCUCCACUCUUUCUGACGGCGCAUCCGUCACAAGAGGAUCUCAGAGUGAAUCUGUUGUUUCUCUUGUGUUAUCUUCCACCUCCACUCCAUUGGAAGCAAUCGACACUCCACAGGAAACGAAAUCGUAUGCGAUGGUUGAGUGCGAGGCGGCCUCUUCUAUCGCUUCUUCGAUCGUCACCGAGUGCCCUGAUCCGUCUUCAAGUACCAGUGCGGUCCAAUCUUCUUUGGUUACUCUCACUCUCCCUGACAGUGAGACUGUAGAUACUCAUUCAAACAUUAGCGAUUCUACAGAUCACGAGUCUGGUCUUUCCAUUCCACACAUUUCUCCAAAACCCCUUUCACUUGGCCCUCCAGAAGAGGAAUUACGUGUUUUGCUGUCCGUGACUCGUUUGGCCAAUCGUUUGGCUCAUGCUGCCAUUGUAGAGGCCACUACUGAGCUCAAUAUGAGAUUACCAGAGGAACCCUGUCUCCCUCCACAACCAGAAGCCCAGAGUAGUGUCGCUGCGUUGCCGCUUCAGCAAUCCUCCUUGGUAUCAUCAUCUUCCCUUUCUUCUGCUCAACACACAGGCCCUGAUGGGUUGGAUACGUUUUCCUCUUCCGACUCCUUUAAAGCUGAGCUUCGCGCCGCUUUGACCUCGUCCCUUAUCACAUCACUUAUAGGUCAAUCCAGUGAUUCCACUGGUUUGACAGCCGGAUCCAGCAGUCUCAGUGAACUUCUCAAACAAUUUCUCAGUUCACGAAGUCACCACGAUUUCACCAGCAGUGGGCUAGAGUAA